GCUUGUUGGUUUGGUUUCUGGGGUUUAUAGUAGUAGUGAUUUGUGGUGGUUUUGGUGAAAUGGGUUGUGCUGGAAAUGGACAACAACUUCAAAUGGGUUUUAUCAGUUGGGAUGAUAUGAAGGUUUUUGAUACGAGCAAUGAGAGAUCCGAGUUGAAAGAGAAUAGGAGUUAUCGGAGUAGUAGUAUUAGUCGAGUCAUUGUGGUUGAUAAAACUGGCAGAGGUGAUUCUCUCACUGUUCAAGGUGCCAUAGACAUGGUUCCUCAUAACAAUUCCCAGAGAAUCAAAAUUCACAUUCUUCCCGGGAUUUACAGAGAAAAAGUAUAUAUCCCAGCCUCCAAACCAUUGAUUUCAUUAAUUGGAUAUGAGAAUCGAUCAUCAGAGACAAUUAUCACAUGGAACAACAAAGCUUCAGAUAAAGACAUGAAUGGGGUUGUACUGGGAACUUACAAAUCAGCAACAGUUACCAUAGAAUCUGAUUAUUUCUGUGCAACCGCCAUUACUUUUGAGAAUUCUGUAGUUGCCAUUCCAGGAGGUGACGGAAUGCAAGCGGUGGCGUUGAGAAUAGAUGGAAAUAUGGCCAUGUUUUAUAGGGUUAGAGUUUUGGGUACUCAAGAUACCCUACUUGAUUAUACUGGCUCUCAUUAUUUUUACCAAAGUUACAUUCAAGGUGCGGUUGAUUUCAUUUUUGGUCGAGCAAGAUCACUUUACCAGGAUUGCAUUCUUCGAUCAACUGCCAAGAGAUUUGGGGCCAUCGCAGCCCAUCACAGAGACUCGCCAGCUGAGGACACGGGUUUCUCCUUUGUGAACUGCAAGAUCUAUGGGACUGGAACAAUCCUCUUGGGAAGAGCUUGGGGAAACUAUUCAAGAACAAUAUUUUCAUACUGUGAAAUAGACAACAACAUAAGCCCAUCCGGUUGGAGUGAUUGGAACGACCCAUCAAGACAAAAGACUGUAGUGUUUGGGGAGUACAAGUGCAAGGGCAAAGGAGCAGAUAGGAAGAAACGGGUGUCGUGGUCGCGCUCUUUCAGCGACAAGGAAGCAACGCCCUUUCUCGAUACCAAGUUCAUAGGUGGUGAUAAAUGGCUGAGAUUGUAA